AUGAUGGGAAAAAACAGAUCCAUGAACUUCAUUAAAAUCUUUACUUUCUUUUAUUUAUUAUGCAAGUAUUAUUGUAGGAAUGAUUUGUCUUCGUUCAGCGAAACCUUGAAUAAUGCUUAUAAAAUAGACAAAAUUAUAAGUACAAGAAUUGACCGAUCAUUGGGAAGCUAUGAAGUAGACAGUUUUUCUGAUGUAACAGGAUCACUAGAAAGUUCAUUGGAAGAUUUAGAAUGCAAUCAACUAAAAAAUGAAACAGAAGAACACACUAUAGAUGGAGAUUUAGAGAAAGUAAAAUUAAAUAAAUUGUGUACCUGCAAAAAAAAGGGAAAAAAAGGAUAUAAGAAAAAAAGAGGUUUAAAAAAAUUGGAUGCAUACUUUGAAAAAAAAAUAUUCAGUCAUAUUGGAGGUGUUGAAUUGAUUCGUCAAAACACAAGGAGUGAUAAAAAUUCCUUUACAAAAGCAAUAUCUAAAAAAUACGGUUCUUAUAUACGUUUUUCAAUUUUUAUUUUUUUUAUUGGAGGUAUAAUUACAAUAAUAAAUAAUUUUGGAGGAGCAAAUCAUAUAACUGUUCAUGGUAUAUGGGAUGCACUUGGUUGCCUAUUAUCAGACAUUACAUUUUAUAUAUUUCCUGUUAUAAUAUUGACUAUAAUUAUUUAUAUUCAAUCAAAAGUUAUAAAAUACGAAAGAUUAAAAUCUAAGAAAGGAAAAACGCCUGGUGAAGAACACUGCCCAUGCAUCUUACAUAUAUUAAAUGCAUAUAUAGUGAAUAUCAAAAUAUAUAUUUCCAAUUGUUAUAUGACUUUGAUAAUUUCAUUGUUUUCCCUCAUUUUUUUGUUAUUAGUUUUACCAUAA